AUGCAAUAACGAAAUGAUUUAUUAAUAGAGCAAUAAGUUUAACAAAAUAUGAAUAUCAAUCCAACUAUUGCAUCUAUCAGUAUACCAGAUGAUAAACCACUAAGUCCAAUUAGUGUUGUUAAACCACAACAAAACAUCCAUAUUUAUAAUAAAGAUUAUGAGUAAAUAUAUAUUAACUAAACAUUUUUAGAGGUAAGAUUCUAAUGCUGAAAAGACUGACAAAUUAUUAAGAAUAAGAUUAUCCAAAUGGAACAUUUUAUGGUUAAAUGAUAAAUGGUAAAAAACAUGGAUAAGGUGAGAUAAAAUAUUUACUUACUAAGGUCUUAUGCUAUUACAAGGUCGAGUUUGUGAGGGAGUCUGGUAGAAUGAUAGAAAACAUGGACAUUGCAAAGAGAUCUUUGAUUCAGGGGAGACAUUUGAAGGAGAAUAUUAAAAUGGAAAACCAUAGGGAAAAGGAGUUUAUAUUCGUAAUAACGAAAGUUAUGAUGGAUAAUGGGUAAAUGGAUUCAAACAUGGACAUGGAAUUUGGAAAAUGGGAAAUGAUUUUUAUGAAGGAGAAUGGAAAUUUGGAAAAAUUGAUGGAUAUGGAGUUUACAUUUAGAAUAAUAAUAAAUAUACUGGAAGUUUUAGAAAUAAUUUGAAGCAUGGACAUGGAAUAGAGAAUUUUGCUAAUGGAGAUCUUUAUAAUGGAUAGUUUUGUAAUGGGAAACCAGAAGGUUAAGGUACAUAUAUUUGGAAUAAUGGUGCAGAAUAUAGAGGUUGAAUAUAAAAUAUAUAAAAUAAUAGGUAUGUUUAAAAAUGGAGUAAGGCAUGGUAAAGGAGUAUGGAGUAAGUGGGAUCCUUUAAAAGAAGGUCAUUAUCGUUAUGAGGGUAUGUUUGAGAAUGAUAAAAAACAUGGACAAGGAGUAUUUACAUGGCCAUCAGGAAAUUAUUAUGUUGGAGCUUUUGUUAAUGAUUACAGACAUGGUUAUGGUGAGAUGUUUUGGAAGGAUUAGUAUUAUAAAGGAUAUUGGGAAAGGGGUAUGCAACAUGGAGAUGGUGAAUUGUGUAAGAAUGGAGUGAUUAAGAAGGGUCGAUUUGAAAAUAAUGUAUUAACAAAUCAUAGAAGUAAUAGUAUGUGGGAAUCAGGUGAAAGUAAUUUUAAAUUAGCAAAUAAUUUAAAUUAAACAUUUUCACAUGGCAUAUCUGGUUUAUCUUAACGUAGUAGAUAUAUGCCUGCAAUUGGACGUAAACCGAAAUUAAUUAUGAGAAAAGGAGAUAAAACAGUUAUUUUAGAUAAUUUGAUAAUUAAUGAUAUACCAAUAGAGAAUGAUCCUGAUUUCUUAACUAUUUGUCCAGAACCUGUUUAAUAGAAAAAGUUUAAACCAAAAAUGAAUUGUAGUUAGCUUUUGAAAUAACAUUUUAGUACUUUGAGAAAAUGA